AUGAUGCUAUCAACCUAUCAGCAUGACUAUGUGCCGCCCAAUGCCAAACGGUACGAGUUUCUCACGCGACCCAAGGGCCUUGAAGGACACACAGGACCGCAGAUCAUUGAGUGCCAGUGCGUGGACGAGUCCAAGAUUCAGAUGCCUCCCAACGCAUCCAAGGAUUGCGGCGGUGUUGAGUGGACGGGCAUAGCGCCAAUGGGAAAGCUGGUGGAUCCGCGGAUCAUACCCACUCAACUGACCCAGGAUCAGGUGGACAAGAUGGCCUUCUCGGCGGAGACGGAUUGCUUCAAGCUGCAGCCCAACCGCUUCCUCAAGAUCCUGCGCACCGUCUACCCUGAUCUGUACGAGCGACUGAAGGUGAUGCCCAAGGAGGAGUUGAGCCGCAGGCUGGAGACCAACCGUAUGUUCACAACCUAUCAAAUCGAUUACUGUGCCAUGAACGAGUAUCCGGAGGGUAUAUAUGAGAGCCUAAAAACGGAGGACGAGUCGAAGAAUGCCAACAAACUGAUGAGCGAACGGGGACCCUGCAAUGAAUUCCGCUCAAAUGUGAUGAACGAACUGGAACGCGAAGCUUCUUCGGGCUACGAGGUGUCCAUUGACGAGUGCCAGAAGACGUAUAAGCCAUUCAAGACCAGCUUCUCGGACUCCUCGCAGACCAUUGAAUCCGGCAGCAGUUCACAUUGGAAUUCAGCUCCAACCACCUACCGCAAAGUGCCGACCUUCAGCGAGUACAUGGACUCGAUAAGUCGCAAUGGUUGCGUUAUUAUGCGCAACAAACUGCACGAUCACUCCAAGUGCCUGGCGAAAUACUGCAAGCAUGAACUUAAGUUCACUUGCAAUGAUAUGAAGUGAACCCGUAAAUAUAUGUGCAUCUCGAUUCCAAUAAA